UGUUAAUCCGGGGUCAGAAUUAUCACCAGAAGAAGGUGGUCACUCAGCAAGGAUUAAAGCAAAGGCACAAUCAGCCCAUUGGACCAUUCUGGGGAGAAACAAAAAGGCCAUUUAUGUGAAUUGCACAAACCCACCCUGUCUGUUUUUUCAUGGGACUAGCUUGCUUAUAGACUUCGAAAAACAGGGGGAAGCAGAAAAGUGCUUGUGCUUUACUGCUUCAAUCAUAGCCAUGCAACACACCUCUUGUCACCACUCCUGCUCCAGGAGAAGUGUUGCCGAUGGCAUGACCGUUGAUCAUGACAACAGAAUGAGGGCUUCAACUGGCUGAGGAUGUAUGGGAGCUGGACAAGUGAAGAAAUGUGCUAAGGAGGAUCAGAAAUAGCCUGAGAAGUUGGACACUAAUUGGACACAGUGAUUAUUUGGGUGUUCCUCCAUCGACCACCAUACAUCAAAAGGACUUUACCUGUCAAAAAAGUGAACUCAACAUGUCAGAGGAGGUCUCUACGCCUCCACCUGAUCAUGAAGGGACUGCCAUGGUGGCGCAGGUGGCGGGGUUCAUUGGUGGAGUAGCUCUGGAGGCCAUCGAGAUUGUGGGAGAGACGCUGGACCGCGGGGCCGGCGAAGACGACAAUGUUUUCUACGACUUCUACGACGAGAUGCCUUCUGAACCAGCCGUUGAAGAACAACCUGCUGAGGUGACGGGUGGAGAAGAAGGUGAGGAAACAUCUCAGCCUCAUCUUGAGGGACGUGAAGGUGACCCACAGGAGCCACCGGCGCCGCCAUCAGCCGCAGCAGCACAGGAAGGAGCUGACGAAGUGCCAUCUGAUGAAACAAGAGCGUGUGAGUCACUUUCUGUCGAAAGUGCCGAGUCAUCUCAGGCUCUCGGUGCUGAGAGUGAAAGGCUGAGUCAGGCGGCGGUGGAUGGUGAACGUGCUACUCCAGGAAAUGAAGCAUCGGGUGAUUCCCUCAGCCAGACUUGCAAUGAAAGUGGUGAACAUAUCAAUGUUGAGAAGAACACACCAGAGCCGGAUGUAAAACUUCAGGAAAGUACAUUAGCAAGUGGUGAAUCAACUGAGUGUAUCAGUGACGCAGAAGAAUCAGAACCUGAUGUGAUUUCUGAUGACAGUGCACAGGAACCCAGUGGGGGUUGUCCAGAAGACAAUACACCAGUCCAGUCAGUGUGCACUGAAAGUGGAGAGGCCAUCCAACCACCAACGCCAUCAUGCGACCACAUACCAUCAGACCCACCUGUAUGGCAGAGAAACGAGGACCAAGUCCCACCUUUCGAGAGUGGGGAGCCAACUGGAGCAUUUAGUGACAGUGACGAGCCGCCGAUAUCUCCGGCCUCUGAGGCCUCUGAGGACCUGGAGAUGUCCCCUGACGGCACCGAGUGUCCUGACGAGCCCGAGCUCCCAUCGGCGCAUGACAACAACAUCACAACAGAGGACAUUGAACUCUCUGGAAACUCAGAGGAGCGGGCACUGGUGAGACGGACGUCCAGGAACGCCGGUACACAGACGGAGGACUCGGAUGCCACUCCUGCCAUGUCUGAGACACAGACACCAGCUCAGGAGGCCAUCACAAGUGCAGAAGGAAUCCAACACGUUUUGGUUACAGAGGAGCCAGAGGCAGCUGAUGAGGUGACAGAGGGACUACAGGUCGCCGGUGAGGUGGCAGAUGGUGACGAUGAAGUGGCAGGGGCAGUGGCAGGGGCAGCCUGUGAGGCCACUUCGAAUGCCGUGGGAGAGGGCGAGAUGAGGAACGGAGGUCUGCGGAGUGCGGCGUAUUGGUCGUCUGGGGACGAGCUGACAGGGGACGAACUGACGGGGGAUGAGCUGACCUGCGACAGCGAGGGCGAGAUGCUGGACACGCCAGACGAUGCUGGCCGAUUCUCCACAAUGCGACUGCCGAAGAAGGAGCCCAACCUCAAGAGCAAGUACAACACUGUGUCAUAUCGCAAGAUCCGCAGAGGCAACACCCGACAAAGGAUUGAUGAGUUUGAGUCCAUGAUGAACUCAUAAGACAUCGCAAACACUAUGCACUUGUACUGUACAUACAUACAUACAUACAUACAU